GUGACAUCUGCAAAGUCCUAAUUUCAGUUUGUUUGUAUAUUGUCAAGUCUGCAUGCUUCGCCACAAAUGAAAAUUGAUCAUCAGAAUUUCUCGCCUUGCAACGGAGAGUUGCCUCCGCUUUGUGCCAAUUUGAUUGAAACUAUCAAAAAUGCGACCACAGUGGAACGAUUUAUCGAGGAGUUGAAUCGCGCCAGAGAUUUACAAGCAAUUCUAGGAAAGACAGAGUUGUCACGAUGGGCAGACGUGCUGAAUCGUUGCGAUGAAAUAUUGGAAGAUGCUACUGUUAUACAAAAUUAUGAAAUGAAGGUUGAUAAAUGUCCCAUUACGAAAUACAACACAAUCUCAAUUCUGCGCUUCACUGGCCUUCUUUUCGACUGCACCUCAACAAGGAGGAUAUACGCCAGUACAGACCGAAUUAUCAGGUUAACCGAAUGCACAGACAUGGAUUUGGUUAGCGAGGUGUUGCGACUUCUGCAGACCAUCAGCAAGCGCUCAAAGUUUUUGACGCAGAGGCUGUGCCCCGAAGAUCAGGCUUCUCUCGUGAUGAGUCUCACAGCAAUGGCUCAGUGCUGGGGAGGCAAACUGCGCAAUCUCAAGAUGAAAGAUUGUGUACGUAGUGAUGUGAAACUUCCACCCCUCUUUCCAUUCACUUUUACGGAUAGCAAAGCUAAGAACUCUAUAGUUUUUGAACGUCACAUGGUGAAUCAGCCAUUACUCAAGGUCGUGGACGAAUUCGCGGCGGGCAUGACACCAGAAGAUCGCUACAGCUUGUUAGCCAGAAUUAGGAUGCUACGGAAUUUUGAAGUUUGCGAACAUCGUAUGCAAUGCCUCAUAGUACGACUGUUAUCAAUAUCUACUCUGAUAUACUGUAAAUGUCAACCAGACGAGGUGCAGAUCAAUGCUUUACUGUACAGUGGCUUUAUCGAAGAGGCUGUUGCACUUUUGAAAGUCGACUUAAACUCGCACGAGCUUAUGGAUCCCAUCCAAACUGAAGCGCUGCGAAUGCUUUGCAGUGUUGUAUCACUAGAAAAAGUCAGCAGGACAUCGCAAAUUUUGGAUGUGCUGAGUGCAGGUUCCUACCAUGGUUUCCUAGCGGUGUUCACGAGGAAUAUAGUUGAGGAUAUGAAACGCAAUCUGUUGAAUACUCCUGGAAAGCCAAGCGUAGCGCUUAGUACGGCAUUGCUAUCAUUCAUCUAUCAUCUCAGUAAUGCGGAUCCUGGUGGCGAAGCACUGGCAGCUUGUGGCCUUACUCAAACUUUGCUGAGUGUAAUAUCCCACCAUGGCCUCCCUUUAGACCAGGCAUGCCUUGCCACGCGAUGUACGCGCAUAACGGACAAUUUCACCACGAUAGAUGUUACUGGUUUCAAUAACUGUAAAGGGAUGGACAUCUGUAUAGACCGACUGAUCUACGAAGUCGAUGAAUGCCGAAAAGAGCAGCCGUUUGUAAUUGACACAUCUGGAGAUGUUGAUGAUGACAGCGUUGGCAGCGUUUUCGUAAGAGCACCAGCUGUGGGCAAAACUUGUCACCCGCAAAGAUCAGGUCUGAUCAAGGCGCUCAUCACCUUUAUCAAACGAGCAAUUCAAGAAAGUCAGUUUCAGGAUAGUAUCAGACACAUCAUGGAGGGGCAACUUCCCGAUGCACUCAUGCAUAUAAUCAGCAACACUGAAUACUACUCGGCAUCGCUUUAUCAUCAUGCUACUCAACUUGUCGUCAAUUUCAUAUAUCAGGAACCAUCUCAACUUUCAAUACUGCAGAGUAGGCAUGUGCCAUACGUAAUUCUGCAAAGCAUGCUUCGAAAAGAGCUUCCCAAUUCUCGUGAUGUCAUUAGUCACAUGGGGAAUGUUUUCACCGCUUUAUGUCUGAAUGAGAAAGGAUUAAAACAGUUCAAAGCCUAUGCUCCCUUCGAUCAUGUAUUUAAUAUCGUCUUGAGCAUCAAAUUCAUCGUCACAAUGAAGAAGAAGCGUAGUGAAAUGAAUGAUGCCGCUCAAGGGAUCGGAAGCUCUUUGGAUGAUUUGCUGCGACAUCAACCUACACUCAAACCCCUGAUGCUUGAUUCAGUUCUAGGGAUGCUUGACCGCCUUGUCGAGCUUGGCAACAAUCCUCCUCCGAAUACGAAGAUUGUGAUGGCACUGUCUCGAUCAGCCAGCAAAGCUGCUAGCCAGAGUUUUGGUAGUGGUUCGAAUACUCCCAAUGUUGAGCAGCUUCCAAUGUCACCGCCUGAAAUAGAGGAAAUGUCUGAUGACGACGAAGAGGCUGAAAUGAGCAUGGAUGAAAUCAGCGGAGUAGGGCAGUGCGUAGCUGACAAGAUGGGACUUGAAAUGGAUUGUCCUUCCGAUGCUAAGGAUGGAACACGUUUACUGCCUUUGGGAGACUAUCUUCUUAUUUUCACAAAGAUUUUCGAAGCUAUCAUAACACAAGUCGCUGCCGCAGAUCUCGUGGAAGGGUUUGUGGAGAAGAAUGGCGUUGAAAAGAUUCUUUCACUAUGCAAUUUACCCUCACUUGCAGCAGAUUUGGCUGCGAGCACAUUUUCUACGAGUGUCGGUAGUAUUGUCAAAUUUGUUUUGCAACACGUGAAAUCUGGAGACAAACUCAUGCUUGCAAUCAUGGAGGUAUUUCUGCAAUCUAUCGGUCCACUUGCUGCGCGUUCAUCUCGCGAUCACUCUGAUGCGAACAGUGGUGCUUCGAUGCUUGUUCCAUUGGGUGAUGAAGGCAUAGUAGCAGCGAUCACUAGCAUGAGUAAUGCUGUACCGAUUCUCAGCAUGUUAACGAAGAAUACGGCUGUUUCCGUACCACAAACACAGGGUGAGCUUCGCAAUCGAGUCUGGGAUGCUUGGCUGACCGAUACUGGUAAGAGACUACAUAUAGGAUUCCGCAAGGUGGCUCGAGUACUGUCUUGGGAAACGGCUUUGUUGAAAAUGAUUGAACCAACGAAAGCUGUUGCCACAACUCAAACAGAUCCUAGCGAAAUCGAAGCGCUUUGUGUUGGAGCUAGUUCGCCAUUGACGUCCACCUCUUCCACGGAGCCGAACAAUGUGAUGUCGGUCGCUGUUGAUCCGCCUUCCACUGCUGCUCGACAGCCUGCAUGGGCUUUAGCUGGAAUAACGCAAGCCGAGAACGCAUUUUGGCAUAGACACAAAAACGUCGCUGAAAUGGUGAUCAAAGCAAACAAAACAGUUUCGGAGUUCCUCAGCCAGCUUUCGAGAUCAUGCUUUGCGCCAACCAGGAGGAAUCGCCGUUACGAUUUCUCCGCAUCGACGAUGCCGAAAGCGGCUCAGCAAAUGGCAGAUGAAGUUUUUGCUGGUUUCUUCCGUGACCUAAAAUGGAGUUGUUACAAACUGCCUGAUGGCGCACCUAUACCUCCCAUGGAAUUCGGACGACUUCAAGAAGUGAUAGCUCAAAUGUCUGUGGCGCUUUUCGAUGAUCGCCGCCAACCUUUUCAUGCCAUGUUGCAGCGGUUUUAUACUUCUGGAUGUCACAAUGCUUUCUGUGAUUUGAUGAUUGAGAAACUUGCACCAGCACUUAAUAACGACUACAAUGACUGGUUGGAGUUAGCUUUCCUUGAGUGGUUUCGUCUUGCGAGUCGAUUGGCAAAUAAGCAAAAUAUGCUUCAUACCCUCUACCGACAGCCGCAACCUCUCACAGUGGAGUUUGAUCCGAAGAAAUACCUCAAAUUGGUGCACAAUGAUUUCUUCCGUGCCUUUUGCGUACUUUUCUCGAAACUUUCUGAUGAGAAAGUCGAUUUGAAAUGCUGCCAGACACUAUGUGAAACUGCUAUAUCCGUAUACAAAGAUGUCGCACACAGUCUCACUCCAACUACGGAAGAGAACCCGCGAUCGCAGAACGAUGAAAGUGGCGAUGCGAGAACACCGGCUGCUGAUGGAGAAGAGACUCAACGUGACGCUGCUUUGCGUCAACUCCUGCCUGAAGGCAGCGUUUCUCUAUUGGUUGACAUGGGUUUUCCGCAUGAAUUGGUUGUUCAAGCAUUGGAAGAAACGGGCUCUACAGAGGGUGCGACUGAAUGGCUCAUUAAUAGAAAUGCUGCCGGACUCCAGCAGGCUCUGGAACGAAAUAACGACGUGGGGGAUCUUGAAGAGGGCGAGUUUGUUGAUGCUAAUUUGCCCUUCUUGCUAGGAGUUGCUGGCUCUUCCAGUGGCUCGGCCAACGAAGACAGAGAAGCAAAUAGGAAAGCGGGUACCAGUAAUGCGCUGGAUGUAGAAGAUUCCAUAGAAAUGCCUAUCAUAACACCUCUGAAAGAACUCAACAUCGAUACGGAUCUCUCAAUUUCACGUGCAUGUAUCGAGCUAAUGCCUUUAUGCAAGCGUCUCAUGGAACUUGGCUCAGAUCUCGUGUUUUCUUGUGCUGACCUUGUUUCGGGUAUGGUCAGUACCCUCGAUGAGGAAUGGAGACGACGUCAGUUGAUUGGACAGAUUAUGAUCGAGGAGAUUAUCGUUAUGGCGCGAUCGGUAAUGAGUGGUCCUACGGAACACGCCGUUCGCGUGCUGGCGACCAGAAUUCAUUUUGCUUGCCUUCUCUUCGAUCACGUUGCGGACGAGUAUCUCGAGGCGAUAGGAACGCAUCCCAUGGUGUCAACCAUGCUCUUACUGCUUGGCUUUGUGUAUGACAAUUUUGAUGUUGAUUAUAUGCAAAAUGGUCUGCUUUCCCCUGUAGUUUUAUGGCUGGAUCUCUACGACAAAGGGAUGCGAGCACUAAAACGAAGAAAUGUGCUGAAAUCAGCCUCACCGCAGCUCAAGUGGUCCUAUCAUGCUGAGGAGGAGCGUAUCGGGACGGGAAGAAGUCACAAGAAAUGGCAACCGUACUCUCCUGUGAAUCAGCUGCAGCUCAAUAAAGCGUUCUUCUCUGGAAAGACAAAUUGUGUACUCAAAAUACCAAGGAAAGAAAAAGAUUUCACCGUGGAUUUUUCUUUAAUGAGGCAAAGAGAUGGUCUUGCAUGUAAUCAAGCUGUUUUCGCUGAAUUACCAGAUGGCGCUGAGAUUGACAUUGAAACAUUGAAAAAAUCAGAGAAAGAGUCCAUUUGGACUACAGCUGAAACUUCGCGUUUGUUGGUUAUGGUAGUCAGCUUACUCCAUAAAUCACUUAUUCACCACACGGCUGCUCAUACGAUACUUGCUUUUGUAGCAAGAUUAACGAGAGAUUCUAACUGUGCUGUGAACUUCAUCCAGCAAGGGGGCAUACCAGCGCUUUUGCAACUGCGGUGCUCUACUACACCAUCAACUUCGGUUUUGACUUCGCUCAUCAUUCGGCAAUGCAUCGACGACGAGAACAUGAUGGCUCAGGUGAUGGAGAAAAGUGUUAGGGUUGUGACAAAUCCGGUUCAAUCUACACCGCUCUCCGAGUAUCUUGGUAUGUCCGAAACGAAACCAAAAGAUUGGUGCGAGACGCUCAAUAAACUUGCACCGCUUUCGACAAGGUGUCCAUCAAUAUUUGUGAAUACCAUGGAGAAAUCUGCUCGACUCGAUGGGACGUUAAUGGUUUCUACCUCAUCUAAACCCCAUUACUCACCGCCAACCAGUAAUGAACGGACGCAACAGAUAGUGCAGCUGCUUCUUCGCGAAUGCUUGCAUGGUGAAUGGCCAUCAGAAAGUAGUGUACCUCUGGGGCAUACAAGAAUGAUCAGUCGCGGAGCAAUUCUGAGCCUUCUCGCUGAGCUCGUGAAGUCCUAUCCGGGUGUAGCUUCACUCAUCUGUGAGGCUAAAGAAGAUGGGCAGAGUGUGAUUCAUCAACUCAUCGAGCAUUUUAUAGACGGAACACAAGAGAAGGACACUCUCGGCUCUCUAAAAACGCUCAUUUCUAUAUUGGCUGCCUGUAAUCAUUCUCCCAAAGCACAAGAAGCAUUAGUGUCGGAUAUGAAGGCUUCGCUUGUUUCGAUUGGAAGCUCAUCACUAUCCUCUACCGCUAUCUGCAGCAAGGUCAGCGAGCUUUGCUCUUUGUUGGUCAUGAUGCUUGAUUCUUGCCCGUCGUCGUCCUCCAGUUUGUCUCAUUCACAUCACCGCCACCUUCUCGGUGGUACACCAAACCCAAUAACGAAGCUAUUCCACAAGAAAAAGAUAUCAAAUGAUCUGGUCAAAACCAUCACAUAUCUGCAACUCUCGCAGAAGGAAGCUAUCGAUACUGUCAACAUAGUUUUGAAAACUCUGGAAACGUUAAUGAGAAGCACAAACACUUCUGGUGCUUCGGCGAACGCUGCUAGCAUUACACAUGGUGCCAGAAAUGUAGCACGUGCUCAGGCAGUAAUCAACGCGGCGGUCGCUGAUGCAGUUAGAAUUCCAUCACCCAAUAAUAGCCGUGACAAUGCUCUAAGUCGAGCAAUUGACCUUAGAGAGAUAUUUGGCAACAAUCUCCUCAGCGACUCCAAUGAAAUGGGAGAAGAUCAAGAUGAUCGAGGUGUUCAGGCUUUCGUUCGUGCUGGAGAGAACUUUGGACACAGUGAUGACCAACCUCAAGAAAAUGAUCAUCAUCGUGAAAUCAUGGACGAGGAGAUGGAUGAGGAAGCAGUAGAGGAUUCAAUGUCUUCUGGGGAAGAAGACAACGAGGAACGUACUGUAGAAGAUGAGGAAGGCGAUGAUCGUGAAGAAGAUGACACUAUGGACGGUGAGGAACAAGACGAAGAAGAGGAGGAGGACGAUGAGGAUGGAAGAAGGGAAGGAGAAGCCCAGGCUACUGUUAGAGUUGACGCGGAAGAAAGUGGGGAGGAUGGUGAAGAGGAAGAAGAAGACGAUGACGAAGAAAUGUAUGAUUAUCCUGAAGAAGAUGAAGAUGCGCUUCACGAUUUGUCGUUCGAGUUGCUCGAUCGUCCUGGUCUGUCCUCAUUAGGUUUCGACGAUUUCAUAUUUGGGCCUCCAAUAGGAAUCAAUAGGGAGCACCGCGGCGCUCGAAGAGAACCUUCCAGUGCUGGCGUCCACCCGCUGAUGGUUCGCCCAGCACACAUAGCUGAUUCACAACCCACAACUAACCAACAAGCAGCGCCCACGGUCAGUCGGCUAGAACGCAUAGCCAGGUUCGGAAACUAUCGCAGUCUACUACUAGACGGUGCUGGCGCGAGGAUACCUGUAGCGCUCACACGACAAAAUGCCAUUCGUCGAAUAGGAGGAACUGAUCGCGGCUACGUCGGACCAACCAGUCAGCUUUUUGAUAGGUUGUUUGAUUUACAUGCACGAGAUCGGAGUGGUCCGGUUAUGAAUGUGAAUGGACGUAUUGUCAAUAUGAGUUCAAACAUGCUUGAUAGUCCAGAAGAACGAAGAAUGCGGCAACCAGCAUCUGCUCCUUCAGCUCUUGAUAGAUUCACCGAUGGAGCUGACAUGAUGGAUGGGGUCUCUCUACAGUACGUGGCUAUAAUCAUCAAUACGAUUGUCACUAGAGUGGCGAGAAAGCGCGUUGAAGAGGAGAAGGCCAAAGAAGCUGCUGAGGAGGCCGCUAAGAAAGCAGCAGAGGAGAGUAGUAAGCCUGCAGCAUCCGAAAAUGCUCCGUCUACAAGUGAAGAUACUGGAAACACUAAUGCUACAGCGACAGUGCUCGCUCAUCCACCUACUGAAGUAGCUCGACAGGCCUGGGAUGAAUCAGUGCAAAACAAUCGUGAACCGGAUGUUACCACUGCACUUCUGAGUGCGGGCGAUAGUGUCACGGAUAGCACGUCAGGUCUGGCUACAGCCGAUGGAGAAGCCAUGGAUACGUCAGAAGCAUUUGAACCGAGGGAUGCUGAGGCGGACGUCUCAAUGGAUGAGGCCCCUCCUCAUUCUUCCGCAGCCACUGUGGCGUCCUCUCUACCUGAAGCAGAAGCGGACGAAGAACGAAUGAUUACACCACCAUUAUCAACAGCUCAGAAUGCAAGCAGAGAAGGCGAGGAACAUCCAAGCGAUAGAUCGGACAACUCUGGGCAUACCGAAACAACUACGGAUGAGCCGCUUGCUGAUGGAGCUUCGAGCAGUGCAGCGGCACCCAGCGGAAAUAGCGCUGUACCUGAGGAAUUCCGUGAUAUACUUGGAGAUAUCGAAAUACCCGAUGGAGUUGAUCCUGCAUUCCUUGCUGCACUUCCUGAAGACAUGCGUGCUGAAGUGAUUCGUGAUCAUCGUCGCCAGCAGCGUGCUCAGCGUGCUGCACAACCGAGCUUACCUGCUCAGGACGGAAAUGGUGAGAGCGGCUCAAACGUGGUGCCAGCUGUGGAACCAAUAGAUCAAGAUUUCCUCAAUGCUCUACCACCAGAGUUGCAAGAGGAGAUCUUAGCGCAGCAUGAACGAGCAGUUCGUGAGGCAGAAGAGGCCAUGCGAAGAGCUAACGCUCCGGCACCUGCUGUUCCUCCGGAGCCAGAGAUGGAUGGCGCAGCAGUUAUCGCCUCUUUACCCCCGCAUGAAAGAACUCAAGUGCUGGCUGAGAUGGACGAUUCCGAAUUGCAGCGUCUUCCAGCUGACAUGCAAAAUGAAGCUCGCAGAGCGCGGGAAAGUCUUGAACCAUUGCAGAACAUCCUACGAUUCCGACACUUGUUAAUGCCAUCCUCAGCAAGAUCCCGUCAACUUGCCCGUUCUGUGAACCUGUCCGGUUUUGGGACGAGCUACAGCGGAAUAGGAACAAGCGGCAGUGCAGCUGGCAGCAGCGGAGCGCCUGCUGUCGGAAGCCUUGCUGGUCAAGCAAAUACAGCUAAUACGCAGUCACUGCAACUUUUGGACCGAGACUCCAUUCUGAUCCUUACUAUGUUGUUCUUGGUUGACAAUCGAUUGAGCAACGGUCGAUUGCAAAAGGUUAUUCGCCUCGCGUGUUCGCAUGCCAAUUCAUGUGACUUUGUCAUAUGGUGCUUGUUAGCCCUUUUAGAAAAAGCUCAUGAUGGAGCAGUUGACGAUGAGGAGCUUGUGUCUGUAUGCCCAUCUUGGCUGGAUUCUAUCACAGUAUCAGGCGUUGGUCAUAAUGAGCGUGCAUUGAAAAUUGGGAAACAUGUUUCUAAAGUGGCCAUCCAUCCACUACUUGCUCUGCCGCUCUCCAAGAACGUCCUGGACACGUUGGCCACUAUCGCGAAAACUUACCCUGGUCACUUUCUCCCAUCUAGUCUGCGAAAGAUGCAACAUACAGUAGUCAAAGAUGGUGUUACUGAUACUUCAAAUGUAAAGGAUGCGAGCCCUCCUAUGGAUCUUUUCUGGGAAUUAGUCCAGGCAUCAUCGUGCAAAUCUCUCACUGCUAAAGAAGCUAGAGAAUGCGGUGAGCGUAUGUCGUUGGAAACGUCCCACGUUGGCCGCCUUAUGCGACAUUUGAGCAAACCAGUAGUGGCAAAAACAGGCACAAUCCAAGAUCGCCUCUUGCGGGUUAUCAGCACGAUAGUACAAACCCUUCCAAAUGACACGAUGACACUUUUGGGCAAUCUGGAGGGACCACAUCCGCUCGAAAGUCAGUUGAAAGCUGUCAUCGAUGUGCUUAUGCGUGGAUCUUGCAGCAACGAGGGCUUGGCUGAUGGACGUACAUUACUUGUUGAAUGUAUGCGUGCUCUGCCUCCGUCUAUCACUGAUUCUAUCUACGAGCAACUUUUUACAGCUGUCGAAAAUGUCGGCUUAGAGCUACAGCCUCAGAUUGAACGAUUAAUCGAGGAACUUGGAGAGCCAGAAACUUUGCCGCCUGUUUCUGAUGAAGUGCCUUCCACUAGCAAAGCUUCCCCAUCAAACAAUGCUGAGAACGAAGGCGCUCAAACGAAUUCUACCACUGCUGCAGGAUCAGAUCGAGAUCGUCGAUUGACUAGAACACGCAUUGGUCGUCUUGUACUUGAUGCGGAAAAUAGCUCGCGAUUUACAUUGAGCGCAAGUUCUUGUCCUGAACUACAGUUGCCUGCCGUAACUAUGCUCACAGAUAAGUCCGGUGCUCAAUACAAGUUACUCAGUGCUCUGCAGACAUUGUCCAAGAUCCGCGAUACCAUGAGGCAGAUGAAAGAAGAACGUCGUAAGAAGGAAGAGCUGGAAAAGAAGAAAACUGAAGACGAAUCCAAGGCGUCGGAUGCAGCCGCAAAUUCAACCAGCGAACAGAAGGCCAUCGAUCCAGUGGCUGUUGAUGAAAAUUCGACUGCCCCCACGCUUACGCCUUCAUCUGCCGAAGGGCGUCCAGUGUCUGCCUCACCUGAAACAUCAAAAGCAACCGAGCAAGAGCAGGCGAAAAAAGUUGUUGAAGAGAACAACGAAGAUGUUGUGCUGAGCCACCGUCUUACGAGAUUAGACGCGCUUUGGGAAUCAGUGUCCACAUGCCUUCUUCGUCUUGGAAAAGCUUCCGACCAUCACGCUGUACUCGCUCUGCAACCAGCUGCGGAAGCGUUCUUCCUUGUGCAUGCGGUCCCUCGUCCGGCCAAUGCAACAUCGGAGCAUCAUGAUGAUCCUGACACAUUGAAGAUGAUAGCAUUUGCGGAAAAGCACCGUGAGGUACUUAAUCAGGUGUUACGACAGAACAAUACCGCUUUAUCACCGGGUGGGCCGUUCGCAGCGUUGAUACAGUUCCCUAAGCUGCUAGAUUUUGAUGUAAAGAGGAAAUACUUCCGCAAAGAGCUUGGAAAGAUGGACGGAGAUAGAGGCUUCCGGCGAGCUGAUGUUCAAGUGCAAGUGCGAAGAUCACAGAUCUUCUCCGAUUCUUUCCGUGAGCUGUACAGGCUGCGUCCUAAUGAGUGGAAACACCGAUUCUACAUCAUUUUCCAAGGUGAGGAAGGACAAGAUGCUGGUGGAUUGCUUCGGGAGUGGUUUUCCGUUAUCACACGAGAGAUUUUCAAUCCUAAUUAUGCGCUGUUCAUUACUGCUCCUGGUGAUAUGGUCACGUACAUGAUUAACAAAGCAUCAUACAUCAACCCUGAGCAUCUGGACUACUUCAAGUUCGUCGGACGGUUGAUUGCCAAAGCUAUAUAUGAUAAUAAGCUGCUAGACUGCUAUUUCACUCGCGCUUUCUACAAGCAUAUUCUUAACUUGCCAGUGCGAUAUCAAGACAUUGAAAGCGAGGACCCUGCCUUCUACAACUCUCUUGAAUUUUUGCUCAACAAUCCGAUUGACGACCUCGGUCUUGAUUUAAGCUUCAGUCUUGAGGUGGAAGAAUUUGGCGUCAGAUCCAUUCGCGAUUUGAAGCCAGACGGCAGAAAAAUAGACGUGACUGAUGCGAACAAAGAAGAAUAUGUAAAACUUGUAUGUCAAAUGAAAAUGACAGGCUCGAUACGGAAACAGCUAGACGCAUUCCUUACCGGCUUUUAUGAAGUGAUACCCAAACAACUGAUAAGCAUGUUCAAUGAACAGGAACUGGAGUUAUUGAUCAGUGGUCUACCUGAUGUCGAUAUCGAUGAUUUGGCCAAUAAUACCGAGUACAAAAUGUAUACAAAGACAAGCGCACAGAUUCAAUGGUUUUGGCGAGCGCUCCGUUCAUACGAACCAGAGGACAGGGCCAAAUUUUUGCAGUUUGUAACGGGAACUAGCAAGGUGCCUUUGCAAGGAUUUGCUAGCCUGGAAGGUAUGAAUGGCAUCCAAAAAUUCAGCAUCCAUAUGGACUGUCGUGGUGGAGACCGGUUACCUGCCGCACACACUUGUUUCAAUCAACUGGAUCUUCCUCAGUACGAGUCUUAUGAGAAGCUGCGCGAUUCGUUGCUGAUGGCUAUACGCGAAUGCACCGAAGGAUUUGGGUUUGCGUAAUUCGACACUCCUCACACGUAUAACCGUUGUUAGCAAAAUCCUGGUGAUUUGUACAUACAUUCUGCAGACGACCACGAUCUAUGUACGAUUUCGCUUUUCAUACACAGCGGGUUUAUGGAAUAAAUUCGCAUGUAAACGUCACUGCUGUAAUGUCUGUAAUGUAAUGAAUGCAGAGAAUUGUAUAAGAGCUUUUGAGGUCAUUUGGUUCAUCAUGCCGCAUACAUAUGUGAUUUUGCUCUUUGGUCAAUUUUCAACGUCUUCGACUUUCGUGAAGACGCAUUUUGGUGUUUGCUUUCGAAUUAUAGAAUAUCGUUACUAUAUACUGUAAAUACGGUUAAUAUGUGUUAGAAUGAUUAAUUGGUCUUCUGAACUCGAAUAAAUGUUAAC